GGGUUUUGGGUACAGCAGAAGAUGCGGAUUAUAUUCCCAACCCUGCCCGUGGCUUGCCAUUUGAUUUGAUUUACUUACUCACUAUAUUAGUAUCUGGGUGCUAUUUGACAAGCAAUCCAGAAAGAUAAGCAGACAGGCAAAUCACUGACACUCUCUCAGUGCCUAAAUUUACAUGUAUGAAACAGGGAUAAUCACAUUUACCAACAAAACAGGUGUAUUUCAAGGCUUAAUUAACUUGUUAAUGUCUUUGAAGCAUUUUAUGGUUUUCCUAAGGAAAUCAUGUUAUUCUAAUGAGCGACUGAAUUUGAGAAAGCAGAGAGGUGGAAAACUUGACAAAUCUCAAUUGCAAAAGGAAUUCCAUUUCACAAAGCUCCUGUUGAAUAUGAAGGUGAAUCUGGAAAUUUUAACUCUCCCUUUCACUAGGUGAGGCUCAAGUAUAUAUGAGCGCUGUACUAAAGGAUUCUACAGUAUGUGAAGGUGAAGACUGAAGGGCUGUAUAAACUGAAUCACCUGUGAGGGAGAACUGUUGGAGGCCAUGAGAUGGCUGCAAAACCCAAGAAAGGUUUAAAAGGUUCCAUCCAGGACAUGCUCAGUGACCUCCUGGGAGAUGAUGAUGAAAUCCCCAUUAAAUCCAACAAGCCUUCCCAGCACUCUGGGGGCGGUGGAAGGAGAUCCAGGGAAAUCAUCUCCAAAGCCAGCAAAAAGUCUGUUUUGGAGGAUGAUGUCUUCAGCAAGAUGGCUGCAGAGGACGAUGCAGAAGCAGAGGGAUCCGACCUCUCAGAUGUAGACCCACAAGCUUUGCUGGAGACCCUGCAGGAGAUGGAUGACAUGGAAGCUGAUCUCCUAGGCAUAAAGAAGUCUGGUUCUGGGGCUGGGAGGACAACAGCAAAGUGUUCCGAGAACCUUGACUCCUCAGGUGACCUGGCAAAAACUGCAGGGAAGCUAAUGACUGUUGAGAAAGGAGAGUCUGCCACUGGAAUUCAAAAGAAACCCCUCUCCACUCCCGCCACCCCCCAGCGGCAGUACAAGAAGUUUUCCUUUGAAGAUUUAGACAAUCCUUUGGCAGGGCUUUUAUCGGAUGAGGAGGAAGAUGCUGCUAAGAAGUUACCUCCAACAGGCACCAAAAGUAGCCCUGAAAGACAUAGUGGACCAGCCAAAGGGACAUCUCUCUCCUCGGCUCCUGGCCAUGCUGUUGCUCCCAUGCGGAGGAGGGAGGAGCUGACAUUUGAAGAUGAUGGGGAUGACCUAAUGGACGCGCUGGGGUUUGGCGAGGGUCCGAGGGGAGAGCUGAAGCAGGAGAGGAAAGGAGAAGAGGAAGAGCCCCGCCCUGCCCGCUCCAAGCUGGAGGAGUUGUUGGGAAUUGGGACAGCAGCCAAACUUCUGGAGCAACCGACCAGAGGAGAACGCAAGGAGUUCAAACUGGAUACAAAAUACCAACAGCAACCUGAUAAGGAAAACAUUUGGGGCAAUGAGGAUUUCACCUUUGGAGCCUACCAGCCCACCCUGGCCUCCACACACGAGGGCCAGCAGUCAAGACGACAAUCUGUCAGGUUUUCAGCAGAGAAUAUCAAUGAACUGAAAAUGGACCAAAGGUCCAAACCCACCACUCCAGCCAUCACGAGCCCCAUGCGAGGCAAUAAGACUGGUGCUGACUGGCUGGGUUUGAAAGAUGAGGACUUUAUCGAUUUGGACCCUCCAUCUCCAGCCAAGGAUGUUGCCAAAGGUAGUCCCGCGGCAGCCCCUUUGAACAAACCAUCCAGCUCCUCAACCACCAAGCGGCCCAGCCCAGCCAGCCAGCUCCUUCUUGGGACAAAGUCAGCUGCAGAGGAAGCAGCAGCUAAACCCAGACCACUUGAGGAGGAGGAUGAUAGCUGGCUGAAUAAGGCCUUGUCUCGAAAAAAAUCCCAGGUGCAGGGGAAGGUCCAGGAGAAAAGGGCUGGGGCCUCGGGCUCCCUGAGACAGGACGACGAGGUGGACCCCAUUACUGUUACCAGCCAACAAGCUCCCUCUGUGAGAGAGCCACAGCGGUCUGCUGUCCCAGAAGAUAAGUCCACCAGGAAGGAAGACUCAGGGUAUCCUGGUCCAUGGCUAACCACUCAGAAACAAGCCUCAUCUCUUACAUCUGAGUCCAGAAAAGAGGCACCUCCUGGAGACACCAGUCACGCCGCUUCUCUCCAAGGACAUCCAGAGGGUCUGGGGUUUUCCACACUAACUCCGGUUGCCAUGUCUGGGGCUCCCCUCCAGCAGGUUCUACUUCCGCAGCAGCUCCUGCAGGCCGAGCCCCUGGCCCUGAGCUUGCUGAAUGCCAGUGAGUACGAGAAGAGGCUAGUGGCUUUGCAGGCACAGCUGAAGGAGAAUGCGGCAAGGCACCAGGUGGAACUGCUGAGUGCCCAGACUCGUCUCGCCGAGCUGGAGAGCCAGGUGCGGAAGCUGGAGCUGGAGAGGAAUCAGCAGAAGCUGCUCCUGGAGAGUCUACAGCAGCGUCAUGAGGAAGACUUGGAACUCGUUGAAAAUGCACACAGGAGCCAUGUGAAGGUGAUGGAGGAAUCUUCCCGGCAGCGCGAGGCAAGGCUGCGGCAGGAGAACGAGGAACUGGCGGCGCAGUACCUGUCCCACUGCCAAGGUGCAGAGCGGGCCAAGUUGGAGCUCCUGGCACAGCAGCAGUGCAGGCUGACAGAGCUGGAGCAGGAGAAGGUCCAGGAGGUGGAGAGGCUGCGGGAGCUGCAGCAGGCAUCCAUUCUGGAGAUGCGCAAAGACCAUGAAGAGCAGCUACAGAGGCUGAAACGACUGAAAGAUCAGGAGAUUGACGCGGUAACCAGUGCUACCUCCCAUACCAGGUCUAUGAACAGCAUCAUUGAGCAGAUGGAGAAGUUUUCCAGUAACCUGAAUGACCUCUCCUACAAGGUGGAGGCUACCCACCACAACACGUCGCAGGAGCUCGAGAUUGGAGCCCGUCAGCGAGAUGAACAGCUCAGGGUGCUGCAGGACAGACUGACGCGGCAGCAAAGGGACAUGGAGGAGGAGCGGAGCCGGCUGCAGGAGGUCAUCGCUAAAAUGGAGGCCAGACUGAGUGAACAAACUCGUCUCCUGGAGCAGGAACGCUGGAGGGUGACAGCAGAACAAGCCAAAGCGGAAUCUCUACAGCGUUCGCUAGAGGAACAGCGGAGGGUGAUGACCCAGCAGCUGACCAUGGAGAGGGAAGAGCUGGAGCGGGCAAAGAACGUCUUGCUGGAGGAGCAGAAGUCGGUCAUGCAGAAGUGCGCGGAGGAACGUCGAAAGCUCGCCAUGGAGUGGUCGGAGUUCCAUAUCCAGCAGAAGCUGAGCAAGGAGCGGACAGAGCGUGACGUUGACCGCGCCCUGCAGAUAGACUCCCAGAGGGAAUGUGCCAUCAUGACCCUGGCAAAGGAACAAGCAGAUCUGAAAAUCAAGGCCAGUGAGCUGCGGGCUAAGGAGGAGCAGCUGGCUAGAGAAAGGGAAUCUGUGGAGCAAGAGAGGCAGGAACUGAGACUCGAGAAGGAAAGGGUUAAUGCAGCCGCUUUGCACGUCAGACAGAGAGCAGAGGAGAUUGACAGCAUGAGCAAGCUGUCCUCGCAGAAGUACGCGGAGGGGGAGAGAGCCCUGCUGGAGGCGAAGAAGGUGGAGUCGGAACAUCAGACGAAGCUGCGUACCAUGCAGCAGCGGCUGGAGUGGCUGAAGCAGCAGGAGCAGCACGUGCACCAGGAGCUCCAGAACCUAGCUCAUCAAAGGAGACAGCUUGAACAGCUGCGAGAAGAGCUUCCGAACAGCCCGGUGCAGUUCCUGACCAAGCCCCGGGUGACACACCCAGGUGCUCAAACCAAGAGCCUCUCCACCAUGCACUAUUUCCCCCCUCCUGUUAUCAACUUACCUUGGCAUAACUCUGGCAGUACAGAGGGCACCCAGGGCACAGCAGGAGCGGGACCCGCUGAGUUGUAUGCCAGACUAGUGCUGCUGAAGCACACAGCUGAGCGGGACCGGGAUUUCUUGGAAGACGAGCAGUUCUUUCUAGAGACGCUGAAGAAAGCUUCCUACAACAUGUCAUCCCAGACAGCAUGAGGAGUUCAGCCCGAUGUGCAGCACUGGUUGAGCUCGCUUUUUCUACAAAGACGACAGGGGAUUUUGUAAUGUAAAAAAAUCCAAAAAUGAAUGGAUGGAAAAACAAAUUGUCAGAUACAUUCAGCCAGGCAGCAGCUAGUUUAAAAAACAAAACAAAACAAAAAACCUCUUUUGCUUAUGAAUUUUUAACUAUGUCCGACUGAGAGCCCUACAGCCUAAAGUCUUCCAUUACUUCAGCUGUGAGCCCUUCAGAGCCUGAACUGUCUUUUUUUCAUUCUCUCUCUCUUGGUUUUAUGCUGUUGCCUAUUGCCGUAGUGUCGAAGCACCUUCCGCGUACAACAGCUUGGCAACAGCAAAGUUCUUGGGGGUCUCCAUGGAGUCACUGGCCCAUGUGAGAGCACCUAGAGAUCUUUACACACACCACCAGGACAGGUACAGCAUGGGCUGAACCGGUGCAAACUUUCCAUGCGUUGCCCUGCUGCGAUGCCUCAAUCAUGACCAGCAGGGACCACCUCCUCAGCCUGAGAAGGUAGUUCAGUCUCCGUGGACCAUUUAUAAUUUAUCCUGUCUCUUGGCACCUUUGUUGAGAGCCUCAAGUGUGGUAGUGGGUUAUGGUGAUGUGCACACUUGUGUGCUGGGAAAUGGCCUAAGACCCACCACACUCAUUUCACAUUAGCCAUGAACCAGCCAGUGGGUGGCUCAUGUACUGCUAGGGUUGCCAACUUUCUAAUUGCACAAAACUGAACACCAUUGCCCUGCCCCUUCCUCAAGGCCCCACCCCUUGCCCUGCCCCCACUCCAGCCCCUCUCCAUCCAUUACUUGUUCUCCCGCACCCUCAUUUUCACUGGCAACCCUAUCUGCUGUACCAUGGCCAUGUCUAAGGCUGGAUUUUGAGUGAUAAGGGAAGAGGGAAGGAGACAAGAAGGAACCAAGUUCUCGUGAUUUAGGAAUAGUUCACUUCACUUCCACUGCAUCUCGGUGUUUUUGAUGCUUUGCUAUCUUCCCUCUGCCCUUUCAUAGCAAUCAUGGGCUGGGUUAGAGCCUUGUAACCUAACCUGCCCCUAACCCAACAACACCUGACUUCAAGUGCCAGUGUGACACUGCCUAAGGUACACAGGGGUGUGAAGCACCUUGCUAUCCCUGCCCUUAACAUGAGAGAGCCUGAUCUGUGCCAUAGGGUCAGCUCCCCAACCCUGGCCAUGGGCAAAAAAAGCACUUCUCUCCAGGCCUAUGCAGGCCCCGCUCUCUCUACAGGCUAGUGCUGGGCACAUUCCAACCCUCGCAUACCCAGCCCCUGUUCCACUGGGGACUUGCAGAAUUCACAGGCAUGCUGCUUCCACAGAAGAGUACUGCCCAGUUUACCCAUGUCCCUUCAGAUCGCUGUUCUGUUUAACACAGCACGGAGAUAUUUUUGUAGUGAAAACAAGUAACAGUUUAUUUAACGAAAUAUAGUCACGUAGUAACAAGUAGAAGUUUUGGGAGCAAAUGGUUAUAUGUAAAAUAGGGCUAUAGAUUAAUCGCAGUUAACUAAUGCAAUUAACUCAAA